AUGUUUGACGUUCAUCUCGGUCUGGUCUUGAUCGAGUAUACUGAAACGGCCAAUCACGAAAAAUCCAAUGCUAAAGCCACCCAUCCUGAAGCUGGAAAAGCAGAGCCUACAGUAUCAACCGAGAUCAAAGACAAAGCUCUCGAAACUGCCACAAAGCCCGCCGAAGCCGUUUCGGUCGCCGCCUCGUCUAGAAAGAUCUCACAUGUAUUUCCCUCUCGUCCUGCUCAUGUUGUACGCGCUCCCUCUUCCGGGUGA